GCGAGAUGCAAGUUUAAAGCACUUGUUUAAAUCGCCUAUUGCUCAUUCGAGUAAACGAUUCCGUAUCGAAAAUUGUUUCUUUAACCCAAGAUAAAGUUAUUGCAAUAGUUUAUCAGCGAGGAACAGAGAUCGAAAAAUCGCCCUAAGCAACAGUGUGUCGCUGUUGAAAUAAAUAAAGAUUUUCGAACAAUAGCGAAUACCAUGUCCGUUUGUCAGUACAUAGAAAACGCAGAGGAAGACCUCGACAUUACUUUUUACAAGAAAGUAGGAAACGAUUUGCCUGUGAUUAACAGUUUGGACGAUUUGAUCGAACAGCUGCGAAUAAUUUUCGAAAGUGAUUCUGUGGAUGUCGAUCUGGUACAUUAUGUGCUCAAAUCGUACAAAUCGAAUCCAGCCGAUUGGAAACGGUUUGCCAAAUUCGAUCGAUACAGGUACACUAGGAACCUGGUCGACCAUGGUAACGGAAAAUACAACUUGAUGUUGCUUUGUUGGGGAGAAGGACACGGUUCGGCCAUUCAUGACCAUUCGGAUUCGCACUGUUUCAUGAAAAUGCUGCAAGGAUCCUUAAGCGAAAUCAGGUUUGCCUGGCCGGACAAAGAAGAUGUGACGCUGAAAGAGAUAGGACGGAAACCGUUAAACAUCAACCAAGUUUGUUAUAUAAACGAUUCCAUCGGACUGCAUCGCGUCGAGAACCUUUCCAACGUAGAUACAGCGAUCAGUUUACAUUUGUAUUGUCCCCCGUACAAGCAAUGCUCGGUUUUUAAUCAGAACACCGGCCAAAAAUCCACAUCCACCGUCACAUUUUACUCGAUGUUCGGAAAAAGGAUAAAGGAAAAUAAACAGGUUGAGGAACCAGAAGAUAACUAAGGAUGAUUGAAUACAUAGUGUCAGCCAAAGAAGCCCGUAAUAUAUUGGAUGACAACAAACUUCCGGGUUGUAUUUCUGAAAGCAUCACUGUUUCAGUGGAAAAUUUCAUUUCACAAUUUUGAAGUACUAACCCAAACACUGUCAUGAACCAUUUUCUCCAUAGAGGUAGUUCAUUUAAAAAAUGAUUGAAAUCCACGAUAUUUCAUUGGAUUAAAUUUUUUUGGAAAUCACAUCUUGACAUCUUGACAUAACGCCCUAUACCUUCCUAUCUCCACAGUAUAUAAUCCUUUCACGAUUAUAUACUGUGCUAUCUCCAAGGUCUUUUCGGAGAGAAAAUAUUUUACUUGUCUUGUUGAUAAGUUUUAUGGACCAUUUUGAUCUUUUUUUACUGUCAUUCAACAUAAUAACACAAACAUAUCAAUUCCUAGAAACAUUUGAAGAUUGUAAUCACCGCAAAUAUAUAUAACACACAUCACACUACCAUUUGAUCGAUUAUAGAAAGAGGAGGAUAAAUCGAUAAGUUUUUUUCUCAUGUUUUUGACAAAUAAACAUUACACUGCGAUUUCCUAAUCCAUAUGGUUUUUGAUCACUCAUUUCAGUUUUCAGAAAAUCGAUGUUUGUAGAAAAAAGUCAAUCACUCUUUCACUGUGGACGGAAAGAAAGAUUUCCAGAUGUCGGUACUUUUCAUGAAAUUAGAACCUAUGAAUAAUUACAUUAGAUGUUAGGUUAGGAUGAAAGAUUACUUAUUAUUAUUUUCCAGUAUUCUCAUCUACAGUGUGAUGCACUUAAAAUAUAGACACCCGACACCCCUGUAUUUCAUUCAUGUUUGAAAGCAGGGAUUCGAUUUUUGGAACAGAAAAAAGUUAUUUCAAAAAUUUGCUUAGAAAUCGAUUUCAAUACUACCUACCGAAUUUCAACGCAAAAUUCGAAUUUUGAAUUUUUUCCGUUUCAUUAAUCGUUUCAAUAUUGCAUCAACAUAGCUUUCAACUUGGCUUAGUGGGAUUAUUCGAGCCCGAUUUUCGAUUAAUGGUUUUGAAUAAAAAGGUACAGAAAUGAUAAAAUAGUCCGAAUCAAUGGAAUAAACGAUUGAAGUAACUGAAAUUAAAGAUUAUCAUUUUUUCAUAUGUAAGUUAUCGAGUUUAGUCUACUAUAUAGACUAUCACCAGAACUCAAUCCAAAAUUCUAAUUUCGCGUUGAGAUUCGGUAUGUAGACUCAAAAUCGAUUACUAAGCAACUUUUC